GACAAAGCUGUGGGCACUCCGGCAGUGAAAAUUAUUUAACAAAUUUUUAGAAGGAUCACAUGCAACUACUGACAAAUCCAAGAAAUUCAAAUCGAAUAUUCAUUUAGAAUAGCGGAUAAUGUAAUACUUGAAAUAUUUCACAUCAACUUAACCACCAAGUAUUAUCAAAAAUGAAGAUCAAGCUAAAUGAAACUAAAAUAACCCCCUGACACCUAAUGAAAAUCUGUGUACAUCUGACUAAACUGGAUAAAAAUAUUGACACAAUAAAUGUAUUCAAUACCUUCUGUAUAAUUUUGUAAGAGAGCAUUAUUUAUGCGAAAUUUGAUCGGCUAAGAUAUUUGAGUGUUGAAUUGGCACUUGAUAUUGGAAUAGUGCAGACUGAUAACUAAUUGCUUCCUAAGUGGUAAGUUUGGUAAAGUUCGAUCGGAUCAAGAUUGUCGAUAUAUUUUUCCGGUUAUUCAUAUAACCUUCGAAGAUAGUUUCAGAGAGAAGAUAGAAUUCAGUGAACCUUAAUAAAAAUAGCAUAUUAUAUAAUAUGACUCAUUGUCGUACUACGCAAUACCAAAAAAGCUCGCUCGAAUGUGCCACCAUGCGGAUCACAAAUAAUUUAGAUUGCAUAAUAAAUUUGCCAUCCUUUGGUGAAGCAUGUGUGCAAAUGGCAGAUCAAGAACCAAUUACUGUUAUUGUAUUUGAGACGUUAUCUGCUGAUUCUGGAGAACCAGUAGUGGAUUUGCAAACUAAAAGUGUCGAGUAUUGGUACUACAAGAAUGAAGGACGAUCACGAGCGUUCAGAGAAGCACAAUGAUCAUUGCAGAUAUGAACUGUUGUCUCACUUCCGCACAUUACAUUGCUGAAUUUCUUAAUGAUGUGCAUCAUUUCAAUGCUUAUUUUGCAUUGGCAAUGAUAAAUUGAUUGUUCAAUUCUUUUAUGUUUUAGUCGUUUUUUUCAGCUUUUACUUCUCCCUACUUGAUUACUAAUUCCCUUGCUUUGACAAAACUUGGGAAUUUCACCACUGCGCUUUUUGUGUACUUUUAGUAUGGUGUUGGUUUUUAUUAAGACAAUACAUUUUCUGGUACUAUUACCAGUACAUGUUUAAGAAUCUCGAGUUUAAAAUUGGUGUCAUUUUGAUUAACAUGUUUACUUUUAUUUAACAUUUUGCCUAAUAAAUGCUAACAUUUUGUGAGUAUUGUGACAACAUACGAAUAGAAUAAGGAUGUUCUCUACUUUGACAACAAAACAACACUGCCUCUUCAUAUCUGUUCUUUUUAGACAGACAACUUUAGUGGGAUACUGAUACCUAUUUUUACUUCUUUCAUCUACUGUGGUAUUUACCUUAGUUACAAGGAGAUUCACACUCAAAAAAAUGCCAUGAUAUUUUGUCCCAUUUGGCUAAAUGUUUUAGAUAGCAGAAUGCUGAUUUCAUUGUGAAUUAAAUCUUUGCAUGAUAAUGUAGGACUUAUAUUCGAGCCAACAAUGAGAUUGAAUUAUUAUCCAAGUAUGGUACCAAUAGUUUUUUGAACAUUUUGCAUUUAGUAUAUUCUAGUUUAAUAAAGCAUGGAUGCUGGGGAAAGAUUGCUAUACACUGAUCGAAGUUUGCAUGGAAAUAAGCCACCACUGCCACCAAUAGUGUGCGAAAGAGACAAGAUAGCAUUGAAAGAAGUUCAAAAUUACAUUAAAACUGAGUUACAAAAAGUUGGGUGUACAACUCCAGGACCAGAUGAUCGUAGAUAUUGGAUAUACAGCACAGCAUUCAGCAAGUUGAUUAGCAAAGUGACAGUAUAUAAGGAUAUAUUAUCAGACAUUAAACGAGAAUAUGAAGACUGCAUUGCCGCAUUGAAAACAGGUCAACGUGAAGCAAAGUUUCUACAAGUCAAAAUAAAAACUUUGUCCAGUCUUCCUACAACUGUUAACGGUUAUCAAAGACGACAAAAAGAACUGGAAAACAGGCUUUCUAUCUUAAACUCGGAUAACCAGAGACUUGAAAAUACUCUCAAUGAGUUGUUAAAAAUUGGUGAGGAGGAUAACAGUAGCACUGAUGAUGUGGACAAUGUUAAUGUUGAAGACUCAGUUGCCAUGACAACGAAAACUGAAAAAUUCGAGAAGCGACCGAUUCCUGGAUUACCAGUUAUUGACUGGACAAAUGAAAAAACUUUGAAGUCGGCAGUUGAGAAUUUAGAUUCUGUUAUUGAAGAACUCAGGAAACAAAAGAAAACAUUGUACGUUCCUAAAGAGAAAAGGGAUGAAAUGUUACAAGAAUUUAAAGAGAAAAUGAAAGAAAAAGAACAACUUGCUAUAGAUUGCGCGAAAUUGAAAAAGCGUCAUAAACUUUUGAAAAUGGCUAAUGAAGCUGCCCGUGAAUAUAAGGAACUUGCCCUUCACCGAAAAGGUGGAAGUCUUUCAGAUUACAUUCUGAAGAAAGUGACAAAUUAUUCGAUGAAGAGAGAAUCUUCUUUACUGAUAGAUAGUCCUCAUGCUGGAUUUGAAGACGAUGAUCCGUCGAGAGAAAAAGAAGCUGAAAUGAUUCUUGAAUAUAUUGAGAAAUUUAAUGAAUUGUUCUACGAUGGUGAAUAUGCAAAUGCUGCAACCCACGCAGCGAUCAGUCCAAGAGGAGUUCUUCGAGCUAUGGGAACAUUUUUGAGAUUCAAAGAAGUCAGUAUCAAUUAUGUUGGAACUCCAACUCCAUUGUUCAUGUUCGCGGAAGCAUUCAUGUAUUCAUCUUCUGCCCAUAAUCAUUUUGCUGAUGAAGAAAUGUCAUAUGAAUGUGUCAAUUGUGCACUGAAUGAAAAUCGACCAGAUAUGGUAUUACACUGGGUAACACAAGGAUGUAUUAAAUCAUGUAAAGCAGUUGCUGACAGACUGUGUGAAUAUGCAGAAUCUUGUACGCAAAAUAAAGAUAGUUGUUUAGCUGCAGCGCAGAAAAUGUAUUCUGAAACAUCUGGAUGCAAAAUAUUGGCUGCGUCUUUGUUGUACAAGAUUGGACAAGUUGCUGGAAUGUUGGACUAUACCCAUGUUGAGAAGUUUACAAGAGAGACAUAUUUUGAAUUAAUAAAACAAUGCAUGGAUGAAAAUCUUGUUUGGAUUCUGAGUCGCACAACUCCAGAUGAAUAUAGUGCGAGUGAUGAUUCUGCCAGUGGUGAAAGUGAACGUUACAUCAGUUAUCAAUCUCCACUACCUAUACCACUCAGUCAUUCCUUAAUACAUUUGAUUCAAGUGGGAGAUAAUGGAAAGAUAUUGUCGGUUCAACUUCUUGAUAAAAUCUACAACGGUCAAAAAGUAGAAAAAGUUGGUGAUUCUGAUGACAGCCCUCUCACUGCUUCUGAUUUAUCAAAAGUGAUUUAUGAGGAUGGUCAAGAUGCCUAUGAUAACAACGACCUUGUUAAAAGACGAUGGAAAGCUAUUGCAAAAGAAUGUGAGAAUCAGGACAAAUUCGAACUUGCAAUGGAUAUUCAUGCAGCCAUUGUGGUUCGAAACACAAUAUCAAAAGCACUCAGCGUAAUUGCUGAAGAUGAAAAGGAACAGUUUGAUUAUUAUACAUAACUUUCAUUUUUUUAAACUGUGAUUCAAGUUCCUCUUUCUGCCACAUGACCGAGAAGUGCAGUUACUGUGCACUUAGUCGUUACCUUUAAUCGAAUUAGUAUUUCGUUAAAUAAAAAUAUAUAUUUUUGUAAGAUUGAUAUUAUAAGUUUAAGUUUU